AUGAUCAGCAAGAGAUGGGCGCCGGGAAGAGAAAACCGCAUUCCGGUGUGUGAGCCGCAGCGUAGCUGCUCCAUUUCGCAGACGCUAAAGGUACAUUUCGUUAUUAUUUCGGUACAUUUACCAUUCUGUGUUGUAUUCGGUUUUAAAUACCCGUUCUAGAAGAAAAAAUUUAAUAUUAAAACAUAUACUAAUGUAUUGUAACAUAUAAUAUUUAUAAACCAAUAUUGUAAUUUACAUUUUGUGUUAUUCUCGUUGGAUUAUAAUAGUGUAAUGGAUACAUGUGAAUAUCUUGUUACCACUGUACAUGUUACAACGUAUUGUAUUUGCUCAAGUGAGCCGUUUCGGCAUCCAUAAAUCGUAUGCCGUACCGACAUCGUGGUUUUGUACUAAUUUGUAACAUGCGUACCUACUUACCUUACGGUAGAUAGUGAAAAAAUAAUUGUAAUAAAAAAAAUCCCCAAACUAUUAAAACGAUAAUAUUCAAUUAUUGACGAUAUUUGUACUGGUACUUAACAGAACAUAAAGUACCUAAUGUGUGCAAACUUGAGAUAAAAUUCACUCAACGAUAAUGCAUCGUAAUACGAAAUUUAAUGAACAAUUUUUAAUGGACAGCGAUACAUAUUAGACAAUAAACAUAUUGCAUUACCCAACAAAACAGUUAUUCUAUUAGUGACACAAAUGUUAUAAUUUGUAUUUUAUGUGAAAUUGUGUUUUUUAUUUUCAAUUGCAUACAAUAUAAGAAUAAAUUAUUCUUAAAAAAAAAAAAAAUCCAAUAAUUAUACAAUGAACGUAUUCAACCUAUUAAAUCCAUUGAAAUAUGUAAGUACAAAUGAUAAUGCGCUAAUAGAUAUUAUAAUAAUUCGUUCCGUUUAUUUAUUUAGACAUUUGUAGUAUUAGUAAUUGCUUAUAAUGAAUUUUUUUUGGGCUGUUCAAUGGUGUUUUCGUCAGUUCUAUUCGGACAACUGCAAGAACCAACAUCGGAGAUACAAUUAAAUGCUAAUGAAGCAUCUUGGAUAGGUAAGUGAAUUUAUGAUUAUUUCUCGGUUUCCCUCCUCUAUUUAAGGACCGAAACCUAGUCCUCUUUCUCUACUUGCAAAAAUAGGACAAAACACGUUUUGGUAAUAACUCCAUUAAAUGCAUAAAAUGAUAAAUAGCUAUCCCUUAAAAAUACUAAGGAACAAUACGAAAAAUAUCGAUAAAGGAUUAAACCAUCACACCCCACCCCCCGAUUAAUUAUAAUAACGAAAAACAAUUCUGAGCGGAGUUCGAUUAAUUAUUCUGUGGUAUAUUUUUAGAUUCUGAGCGAAGAAUAUAUGUGUUUACAAUGAUGUUUUAUUAUUUUUUAUUUUUUUUUGGUUCUUCUGUAGAUAACUUUAUUAAAUAAAUUACUAUUGCGCAUCGUUUUAACUUAUUUUAUAAUAAAUAUUAUUUUAAAACGUUUGAAAAACAAAUUACGACUUUACGCCCAACCUUUCUUUUUUUCCCACCACUAAGUACAACUUAUGCUGAACCUCGUACAUAAUUUUAAUUACUAAUUAAACUACCUGAUUUUAAUUAGAUGAACUUUAUACAACUAAUAUAUAAUAACUAAUAAUGUCAUUAUUGAUUUUUUUUUUUUUUUUAAUCGGGUUUCGGGUCAGUGGGAUAGUAAUAGCCAUUUUAAUUUCUAGAAAAUUGGCCUGAAAACAACUAAUUUUCAAUAGAAUAACACGUUACGGGAUCAGAAAUCACAACCAGCACGGUAAUUAUUUCUUAUCUUUUAUUGAAAAUUAACCAAUUGUUUUCAAACCAAUUUUCUAGAAAUUAAAACGGAUAUUAUACAAAAACUAUUGAUUGGAUAUUAAUUUAUUGUACAUUAAAAUAUUUAGAAUGAUAUUUUUACAAAAUGGCUAUUUUUUCAAGUUUUAAAAAAUAAAAAUAUGAAUUUUUUUGUCGGUGUUUAGGGUGUGAAAAAAAAAUGUUUUUCUUUACACGUAUCUCACUGACCCAAAACCCGAUUGAAAAAAAAAACAAAUAAUGAUAUAUCGUUAUAAGGUUAAUAGAAUUAUAUAAUGUUCAUAUAACACUGUAGGACACCGUGUACAUCCGAGCCAGAUUUCUUUCAAAAAGUAAUUUACAGGCAGAAAAAACAAUUUUUAAAAAAACACAUUAAAGUAAAAGCAAAACGAUCCCUCGCUACGCUCCGAAUCUAAAAUUACUGCAUCCUAUAGAGCAGAACCAUACAAACGAUAUGCAAGCUAUACACAGGUGCACAGUCACCACAACAGAAAAUUAAUCAAAUUUGAUUUGUUUAAAAAUCCAAAUUCGAAUUAUAAACGUAUGUUUUUGUAGCUAGCAUCCCGUCACUGGUCAGUCCGCUUGGGUUGCUUUUAAUUGGAAUAUUAACAGAUAAAAUUGGUAGGAGAAAAGCGCUUCAGAUUGCAUUCAUGCCAAUAGUUGUAAGUUUUCUAAUACUAGCGUACUCAAAUUCGUAUGAAACAAUUUUCAUCGGAAGAACCGUUGCUGGUCUCAUGUAUGGUAAGUAUUAUUUAUUUGCUAUUAGCUUUUAUUUAAAGAACCAGAUAGGAAUACGAAUGAUUGUGAGCUUAUUAAAUCCGUCAUUAAUUAGUAUACUGAUAAUGCGUGAGUAUGGAUUUGUGUACAUGAAUAGAGUGAUGUAUCCAUUGGUGGAUUUAAAAUCCUUGCGUGUGUUCCACAUGGUUCAUACGAUUAGUCGUAAAAACCUCUCACCAUUGCUUUUGAUCGCGGAGUUCACACACACAUUGAUACAACAAUUUCAAAUAGACAUAGGCAAUACAAAAUACAAACAUACUAAGCACGAUGGAUGGGCCACCGUUGUAGGUGAGAAGUUGGAAAGGUAAAUAUAGAGAGGAGUUUAAUGUAUAUCUGUAUAUUAAUCGAUUAAUCUUUGAUACGAUAAACGAUUCUGAGUGAAAUUCGGUUAUACAUAUUUAAAAGGCCGUAAUAUUUACGAUUUUCGUCAAAAUUUUAUAUUAAAAAUCUUGUAAAAAUAAAUAAAUAUUACAUUAAACUCAAUGUCUACUUGUUAACCGCCAUAAGUACAACUUAUAAUAAACCUCAUGUUAAAUUUCCAAGCGUUUCUGUUUGGUCUAACAAUUUUAUCCACAGAGUACCUACCGAAUAAACAUUACGUAAAAACUCACCCAAAUAUCUAAUAGCUUAAAAAUGACUCAAAUGUUUUGAACAUUUUAGCACUUCUAUAAAAAGCAAAUAUAAGGUUUCUGUCAAAAUAUCAAGUCUCUACGAAUAUUUUUUACUGAGUUAUAAUAAAAAAACAAAAUUUAAAAUAAUAUAAAAGUUUUAUUUUCGUAAAUUUUCCCGUUUUUCCCAGUUUGUCCCAUUUAUUAUGAAAACCCCUAAGAAAAUCAAAAAAUAACCUCCUUAAAGUACCACCCCAGGAAUUUUCGUACAUAGUAAUAAAAAAAAAAAUUACACAUCUUUGUAAUACCAAUGCAUUCAUUCCUCACUCCGAGCAGAAUCUAAAACCAGACUUCACUGGUCAAUCUGGACUUUACUGGUUCAGUGACCCCGAAACGACGGGAACCGAAAAAAUACCACCGCUGUACCUAUACGUAGAUCAGCCACUCGUUUUUCGAUUUUCCCCGGAGUUUUAUCAACAAAUAUGAAAACCAAAAAAAAAAAACUGAGGAAAAACAGGAAAAUGUACGAAAUAUAUGUAUUUGUAUAAUAUUACGAUUUUUUUUCUAUGGACAACUUUUCUACUAGCAACUUUUAAUGAUAGCAAUUAUUCUAAAAGGAAAUUUCAUGAAGAGGUACUAUAGAGGGUCGUUUUUCGAUUUUUUCCGCAGUUUUCUCAGCAAAUGUGAAAACUGGGAAAAAAAUAGGGAAACCGGGAAAAACGAAGAAAAACCGAGAAAUCGUAAAACAACAAACAAAUAUUAUUGAAAAAAUAUAUAGAGCCCAUUUAAUUAUUUUAUUAUAAUAUAGCAAAUAUAUUGAUGACAAAUCAACACUAUCAACUUAAUUCCGUUCAGAAUCGUUUUUUCGUAAGCAAUGGUUUUUCGUCGCUUACAGGUACACAUUAAAUUACCUAUAACAGUGGCUGCACUCGUCCCCAUUAUCCUAGGACGUCUUUUUUUCUUUUUAUCAAUAAUAUUAAAGAUUAAAAUUGAUUAGAAUUGUUAUGGACGAUUGUUAAUUGUAUGAGUUUUAAAUUUUUCGUCGAAUAUUUUUAAAGCCUACGGGCAAUUCAGUACCGUUCAGUGCCUUAAGUAGAUACCUGCUAUAGUCACCAUUUGAGUUCUAAUAUAAAAAAUAAACUAUACGUAUGAUAUUUUUUUUUUUUUUUUUGAUUUUUCAUCAAAAUGAAAUAUUUCAUGCAACUUUCAUGAAAUAUUUGAAAAUAAUUUAAGUUCAAUAAAGUUUUAGAACCACAACGGUACAUAAUAACACAAUAAAUUUGGUAUACACGCUAUGCUAACGACUGUUAUACAGGAUCGGGUGCGUGCAUAUAUGUUUAUGCGGCCGAAAUAUGUCCGCCGAACCGGCGGCAGUUUUUUUUUUCGGUGAUAUUCGUGUUCUUGGGCGUCGGCACGAUGACAGUAUGCGUGUUCGCGUUAUUCUUCCACUGGAAAACCGUGUCGUUGAUACUUGCGGCGAUGAGUUUCACCGGUUUGAUAGCACUGUUCGUGUUGCCAGACUCGCCGGUGUGGCUCAGGGAACACGGCCACGUACUGGAGGCCGAGCGCGCGGAAAAAUGGUACGGUUUGCCGCCGAGGACGUCGUCGGCGUCCACGGUCAACGACGCCAGCUGCGACAAAGAUCGCGACUGUGACGCGGCCGCCGCCGCUGACCCGCGAGACACGUCUUCGUCGCCACCGACAUGUUGGUCGUUGUACGCUCGCCGAACAGUGUGGGUGCCCACGUUGAUCGCGCUGGGGUUCUUUGCGUGUCAGCAAGGCAGCGGACUGUACGUAAUGCUCUCCUACUCGAACGACAUACUCCGGAAUUUCGGAAUCCAGUGGGAUAGCACCGUUAUUACAUUUUUAAUGUCAAUAUCCCGGGCGGUCGGCAGUGUGGCGUACUCGCUAAUGUACAGCGUCAAGCGCAAGACCAUGGCCGCAGUAUCUUUCGGCGGUAUGACCGCGUCGUCGGCCGUCAUUAUUGCAUACGUGAAAAUGUUCCCGAACGCUGAACGACCAUUCGGCAACCUCGUGUUGACCACCGCGUUCGUCACGUACAUGUUCUUCACGCUAAUGGGCGCGGUGCCGUUACCCUGGACACUGGGCAGUGAAAUAUUCCCGAGCAACGUCACAGGUACACAACAUAAUAUUUCAGUUGGUUUAUGUCGGUUUCUUUUUGCUCAUACGUCUAUUGGAUUGAAACGCAUUGGAUAACGUCCGUCUAUACUUAAUUAUAAACCAAGAUUUUUCGUCCGGAAUUUUCUUUGCGGCGGUAUAGGUGAUAUUCUUUUAUUAACUGUACCCGUUUUAAUAUAAACCAGUAAUUCGACACGAAUCCGAAACGAUACAAAUCGUGUAAUUUUUCGUUGGAAAAAUGAUAAAUUCCUAAUUCCUAAUAAAAAAAAAAAAAAUACGUAGGCAUAUAAUUUGAAUAUUAAAAUGGCAUUAUUUUUAAAGAGUUAUUAGGUGGACGGUACUUCAUCCGCGCAAUACAUAAGUAGGUACCAACAAUUUAAUUAGAUUUGAAAAAAAAAAAAAAAAAACAAUAAAUCAUUUUAAACGUCUCAAUGCGUUCGAAAAACGAUUUCAUUUUCUUUUUGCUUAUGAUCAUUAUUAUAUUGUCGGACGUAUAUCCAAUUCGAAAACGUAUUCGAUCAUCAACAUAUUAGAUAUUAGCUAUAAUAGGUUGGUUCUAACCUUUUGUGAUCCGACUGGAUACAAAAAAAUAAAACAUAAACAUCAAUUACUACACAUAAUCGGCAGCCAAUGUCGCGUAAAAUAGUUUACUUAAAAAAAAAUAAUAAUUGUUUUUUUUUCUAGGCACUAUGAAUGGAAUUGUACAGACCAUUGCAUGUCUCGCGAUGUUUGCGAUCAUUAAAUUGUAUCCACUACUCGCGAUCAAUUAUGGAGUAGAAAAUGUUUGGUUUAUAUAUACUGCCGUUUGUAUAAUAGGUGUACUUUUCAGUAUUUACAUUUUGCCAGAAACUAAAGGAACGCCCCUUAAUGAAAUUUUAGCGAGGUUUGAGUCUCACAAGAAAAAUACCAAGAUCAUAAAUCCAUAAUGUCGAUGUUUUAUUGUAAGUGUAUAAUAUAUAAUACAUACUAAGAAGCAAUGCAACGUAUUUAUUUAACAUAUUUUAUAUUGUAUUACCAUUGUUUACCGAAUUUUAAUAAACAGUUUAUUAAUUGACAAUUAUCAACGUGCAAUGUAACAAAUAUGUAUUUUAUUUCUACUCGGUACGUAUAAUAGGUUUAUUACUGUAAUUAGUAUGGAAUAAAUGCAUUUCUAUCGGAACGUCCUAAGAAUAAUGUUUAUGAAAAAUAUCGAGUGUGUAAGUGAAUUUAUGAAUAUUUCUCAAAUUUUCUAAAAUGUAUUUCUUAAAUUUCUAAUGUUGUACAAUCUUUUUUAGCUAGCAUCCUGUCGCUCGUCAGUCCUUGGUUGUCUCACAGAUGCGAUGUAAGCAGAUACAAUUGUUAGGAGAAGAAUCUCGGAAAAUUUCGUCACCAGAAUCGCCAUUGUGACUCAGGGCACACGACCACGUACCGGUAACCGAGCGUGGUACGCUGCGUAAUUUAAUAUGUCUAUUUUUAUUAUAGCCAAAUAAAAGUAUUCAUUCAUUUCCUAAAAAAUCGAUAUUUAAUUGCAUAUUACAACAUGAUAAUUAUAUCCGAUUAUAAAUUAACCUAACCGAACCCAACCGCACUGAACUAUAAAAAUCAUUUUAAAUGCCAUGAUCAAUCGUAAUUAUAUUACCGAUAAAACACUGUGCGCAGCUACCGUACACAGAUAAUCGUUAUUACCUGCGUAUUUAUCCCACAAUUCAACCAACUCGACACUUGAUAUUAUUUAUUCAAAGUUUAAUUGACUUGUAUUAAUAAGGUAUACUUUAAAAUCUAAACUAAUAUUAUAAAGAUAAAAGAUUUGUUUGUGUUUGUGAAUGACGAACAAGCUCAACAACUGCAUAACCGAUUUUAAAACUUCUUUCAUCGAUAAAAAGCUAUGCGAUCAACGCGAAUAAUAAGGGCUGUAUUUUAGUUUCGAAAAUAUUAGAGAUCCCUACGAAAAUCGCAACAAUACAACCCAGAGUAUCAAAAAUAACGACCGAAUAACGUGUACUACAUGUUUAUCGUACUUGUCCAUAUGCCCGCAACAAAUGUGUGUUGUAAUAAUCAAAACGAACAUAUUUAUUAUUAUUGUUAUUGUUGUUUUCUAUUAUCUCUCUGGGUAAUUGUAAAAAAAAGACAGACGAAGCCGUGAUGGGGCGGCUAUUAAUUAUUGUUAUAUAGGUAAUAGACAAUGAUAUUUCUCUAUGUAAUUAUAAAAAAAACUGGUGAAGCUAUACGCACAACAGCCAUAUGUAAUAUAAAACAACAUGUCCUGACGGGUGUCCCGACAAUUAUUGAGAGCGCGGAAAAUAAAGCUCGCGACAAUUUAGCGCCACAGCAAUUUAGUCGCGAUGAUAAUUAAGCGCCGUGACGUUUGAGCGGAGUGCAUAGUAUAAAUUAAUUUGUAUGUAUAAAGUUAAAUCGUAUUUACCGAUUUACGGUUUUCGCCGUUGUCAAUAUUAUUUACAUUUAUCUUGCACCUAACCUAACGAAAUCCGCAAUACAAUUAUGAUACUAUUGUAAUUCAAUUGAAAAUGAUAAGCCAGGGAUGAAAAAUGCUAUUAAAUGAUGGCACGAUUUGUUUGAAUCCAUAUUAAACGUUUUGCAUCCGUCAAUUUGGAAAUUUAUCGACGCUCUAAAAAAAGAAGAAAAAUUAAAUCGUAUUAGAAUACAUCAGUUUAUCGCAGGUAAAUGAACCAAAACCUACAAAAAAAAAAAAGUACAAAGAUUCAGCGUUAAGAUUAAAGAAUAUUUUCCAACAAUUUGAUUCAAGGACGAUAGACGAUUUUUUUUUUUAAAAAGAAUCGCGCAAAAUAUUUAACCGCAAUAUUGGGGGGAAAAAAAAUAUAUUUUGACUUAUUAUAACAUUAUUAACGUUAUUUAACUGUAAUAUUUAAUUUUUUGCAUUAUUUGCCGAGUGUCGGGCCACAAAUAAUAUAUACAUAUUUAAAGGGUCCCUGGAAAUUGGAAUGUAUAACACAAAAAUAUAAAAUUUUAAAUAUAGUAAAAUACAAUAUAAAAUUAGUCAAAUAAUUGUUAAUUUUUUUUUAAAAAUAAUGUGGUGCAGAUUGUUUUGCACAGUAUUUAAAAGUGCCGUCAACAAUAACAUGGAACGUGUAUAUAGUUUGCAACUGACUGCGAUUACGAUGCUUAUAAAUUUCGCUUUUAGCUACUUUUAUCCAUUUCAUGUCAUGAUAACCGAUAACCACAGUUGAACAUUCUGAUUACAGUAUAUCAUUUAACCGGAUAAUAUUGGACAAUUUAUUGCCUGUGGCCAAAUCUAAAAUUUAUUAAAAUAUAGUGGCCCAACUAUCGGAUUCAAUAAUAAGAAAUCGUUUGAAAUAGUAGCCCAAUCACCGGGUCUACCUGCUAUAGAUGUAAAAUUUCGGGCAUGGCCAAAAUCGUACCUUUCCCUUUUCCACCGAUUCAACUUUUCUGCCAAAUGAAAACAUUUAGUCUAAUAUUUGAAUAUUAAUCGACAGUUGUAUACAUAUUUAUAUAGGUUUUCCAAUUAGAGCGGGCCGAUCUUAUCUGCGCUGUANUCGGUAAACGAUCAGUUAACACCCGUACGUCAAAGAAACGCCAGAUCGGUCCAGAAUAUCGCAGCGGUACGUGAAAGUGUGCAGGAGAACCCGAGGCAGUCAAUUCCUCGCCGUGCACAAGAACUUGGACUUUCACAGUCUUUAACUUGGCGAAUUUUGCGCCGGGACUUGGGCUUACACCCACAUAAGAUCCAACUGACCCAGGAGCUCAAAAUUAAUGACCAUAGACAACGCCGAUUGUUUGCUGAUUGGGUUUCGGAGCGUUUGGAAGAGGACCCUAAUUUUGGCCGAAAAGUCGUCUUUAGUGACGAAGCGCAUUUCUGGAUGAAUGGCUAUGUUAACAAGCAAAAUUGCCGUAUUUGGGACAAUACCAACCCACACGAGGUUCANCCGGGACUUGGGCUUACACCCAUAUAAGAUCCAACUGAUCCAGGAGCUCAAAAUUAAUGACCAUAGACAACGCCAAUUGUUUGCUGACUGGGUUUUGGAGCGUUUGGAAGAGGACCCUAAUUUUGGCUGA